AUGGCGCAACAAGAUGCAACGCCGGAGAACAUGACCAUGAUGCAAGGUUUCGAGUGGUACGUUCCCGCAGACCAAAAGCACUGGAAGCGCCUCAAAGACCAUAUCCCGCAGCUGAAAGUAUGGGGCAUCGACAAUAUCUGGAUACCUCCGGGAUGCAAAAGCUCCAGUAAGGAAGGCAAUGGAUACGAUAUUUACGACCUGUACGACAUUGGCGAGUUUGACCAGAAAGGUACCGUCGGCACGAAAUGGGGCACUCGGGGAGAGCUAGAGGAACUUUGCAAAGUUGCCAACGACUGCGGUGUUGGCAUUUACUGGGACGCGGUCCUGAACCAUCGCUUCGGUGCUGAUCACAAAGAAAAAUGCCAGGCCAUUGAGGUUGACAACGAGGACCGCAAUAAGACUGUUAGUGACCAGUAUGAGAUUGACGCCUGGGUCCGCUAUGACUUUUCCGGAAGGAAAGGCAAGUACAGCAAGCAAAGAUAUCACUGGUAUCAUUUCAGCGGCGUCGAUUACAAUGCUUCCAACGGGAAAAAGGCUGUUUAUGUGAUUUUGGGUGAAAAGUCGGACGGCCUCUGGGCCGAUGUGCCGGAUGUGGACGAUGAAAAAGGCAAUUACGACUACCUCAUGGGCUCCGACCUCGACUACGACCAUCCCGAAGUGCAGGCCGACGUACUCGCCUGGGGCACCUGGAUCGCCCAGACGCUUCCCCUCAAAGGCAUGCGCUUCGACGCCAUCAAGCACUUUAGUGCCGAAUUCUUGCAACGCUUCGUCAAGCAAAUGGACGAGAGCUACGGCAGCGGAUGGUUCUUUGUCGGCGAAUUUUGGAAGGAUAGCCUUGAGGACAUGAACAAUUAUCUGGACCGGAUGGAAGAAAAGUUUUCGCUCUUUGACGCGCCGCUGGUACACAACUUUAGCGCCCUCAGCCAGACUGAAUCGGCCGACAUGCGCAAGGUCUUUGACGGCACACUCGUGCAGUGCCGACCCGUCAAUGCUGUGACCCUAGUCAUGAACCAUGACACGCAGCCAUACCAGGCUCUCGAGGCGCCCAUCAGCGAUUGGUUCAAGCCCCUAGCCUACGCGCUCAUUCUCCUACGGGGUGAAGGCUACCCGUGCAUCUGGUAUGGCGACUUGUACGGCAUUCAAGGUGAACACCCGUUUCCACCUUCAUGCGGUGGUGUACUCCCGCACCUGGCCCUCGCACGAAAGCUAUAUGCCUACGGUAAGCAGGCCGACUACUUUGACUACGCCACCUGCCUGGGCUGGAUCCGCUACGGCACACAUGACCGGCCGGCCGGGAUGGCCGUCGUGCUAAGCAAUGCCGGAGCCGGCACGAAACGCAUGCAUGUCGGGGAGAUUCACGCUGGCGAGCGCUGGACGGAUGUCCUCGGCUGGUCCGAGGGAGAAGUCGUCAUCGACCAAGACGGGUUCGGCGAGUUUACGUGCGGCAAGUGCAGCGUGAGCGUGUGGUGCGAUGAUAUUGAGAAGAUUUUGGUCGAGCGUGGCUGGGAGAUGAGCUCGCACAGCCAUCUUCACUGCCGAUUUAUCGUUUUUGGUCCUGUCUUCAUUAUUCGCAAUAACGGCAGCCUCACGUUCCACAGGUUCGGCUUCCAAUUUGCGCCUGUUGGGGAUGAUAUGCUCGUGGUGAGGGAGCAGAAACGUCGGCACAACAAAACUGGCAUCCGCACCGCGCAAUCUCAGGACUUCAUGGACGCUCGUGUCUUUGGCAACUGUCCUGUGCGCCACGAUACCGUCAAACGCCAUCUGACAGAGAAUGUUGGAUGA